UGACAGUAGAAAUAGGAUUGGCUGCCUGGAUGAGCUCUUAUCCUGAGCCCGGUGAUAGCUCAUUCCACAGUGCACGCUGGACUGUGUGGCUGUGUGGAACGACUCCUCCGUGUCUCUCCACGGAUUCUAGGAACACGACUCUGCUCCUCCUUUCCUCUCUUCUCUCCUCUCCUCAUCUCUUCUCCUCAUCAUCUGUAAGUAGCCCCAGUGUUGGAAGAACUACCGGGUGAGGAUGGCGAGCUCAUUCACACGCAUGAUGUCUGGCCGUAACACGGCCGUGGUGCUGGCUAGCAUUGGAGCGUCUUCGCUGGCCACUGGCUACCUGCUGACCGACUCUGGCGUCACUGCUCAGGAGAGGAUGAAGUUGUACCCUCCCAGCGCUGACUUUCCAGACCUGCGCAAACACAACAAUUGCAUGUCUGCUGCUCUGACCCCGGCCAUUUAUGGGCGCCUGAGGGACAAGAUGACCCCAGCUAGCUUCACCGUGGACCAGUGCAUCCAGACCGGGGUGGACAACCCUGGGCACCCCUUCAUCAAGACUGUGGGCAUGGUGGCAGGAGACGAGGAGUGCUAUGAGGUGUUUGCUGAGCUGUUCGAUCCAGUCAUCAAAGACAGGCACAAUGGCUAUGAUCCCCGGACUAUGAGGCACCCCACUGAUCUGGACGCUUCAAAGAUCCACUCUGGGAUGUUCGACGAACGCUACGUUCUCUCCUCCCGUGUGCGCACAGGCCGCAGCAUCCGUGGCCUGAGCCUGCCCCCGGCGUGCUCCCGCUCCGAGCGCCGCGAGGUAGAGCGCGUGGUCGUCACGGCGCUCUCCGGCCUUAAGGGUGACCUGUCCGGACGAUACUACGGUCUGGCUGAGAUGACUGAUCAGGAGCAACAGAGGCUCAUCGAUGGAUGGCUCGUGAUUGGCCAGAUGCCAGGGGAAUCUGGUAUGGUGCAUGAGAUUUGCAUCACCAGGAGACAGUUAUUGUACGCAUGCCGUGUGCGUGUGGGGCACAACAAUGAGAAGACAUUCUUGAUAUGGAUCAAUGAGGAGGACCACACCCGCGUCAUUUCCAUGGAGAAGGGCGGCAACAUGAAGAGGGUGUUCGAGAGGUUCUGCCGAGGCCUCAAAGAGGUGGAGAGGCUGAUUUCAGAGAGAGGCUGGGAGUUCAUGUGGAAUGAGCGCUUGGGCUACAUCCUGACCUGCCCCUCCAACUUGGGCACCGGACUCAGGGCAGGGGUGCACGUCCGCCUGCCCAACCUCAGCAAGGACCCACGCUUCAACAAGAUCCUGGAUAACCUGAGACUGCAGAAGAGAGGCACUGGAGGUGUGGACACUGCCGCCACUGGUGAUACUUUUGACCUCUCCAACCUGGACCGUCUGGGCAAGUCUGAGGUGGAGCUUGUUCAAACUGUUGUUGAUGGUGUCAACUACCUGGUUGAGUGUGAGAAGAGACUGGAGAAAGGUCAGGACAUCAAGAUCCCCACCCCCCUCUCCAAGAGAUGAGUGGAGAUUGUAAAUGUCUGAGCUGUGAGGUCAAUAGGUCCUCCUUCCACUCAUGGAAAUACUGAAGGUCUUACUUGAACAAUAAACUCAAUAAACUAUUCUAUUAAAA